AUGUCUUCGUCAUCUCCGUGGGGCGGCUGGGGCACCAAGCUUAAUGUGACGUCUAUUGUAACGCAAGGACUCGAGCAAGUCCGUAGUCUACGCGAAGAUGUGGAGAAGUCUUUUGACCAGGUGGUAACGGGUCCUCCAAUUGCUCGUGUUACGUCUUCUAUUGAUGCGAAGCCGCUACAACAAGUGGAGGACAAACAGCUUGAUAAUACUGAAGCAAUUGCUGUGCAAGAUGGGGUUAUUGCAACGGUAAAAUACAAUGUAAGUGAAGACAGAGAUAUUGAUGAAGCUAGUGAGGAGGAGAUAGAAGCUGAAAUGAAAGAGAAUGGGAAAGAUCUGCAUGAACAAAAUGUGAUUGAUGAGAGUGAGCAGGAAGUGGAGAAGAAUGAGCGACAAGAAAGUGAUGAAAAGGAUGAAGAGAUUGUUGCAGAGGCUGUGGAAGAGCGAGAAGAGGAUGUAGAGGAACAGCUGCAGGAUCACGAGGCAAGAAAAGAAGAGGAGGCUAAAGUUGACGGAACUCUGGUGGACACAGACGUGAAUUUCGACAAGUCAAGCAGAGAACAAGGUGAUCAAGAACAGGUGAUUGAUGCUGUCGGUGACGACGCAGAGGUGGUGGCUCUGCAGAAGAAGCUUGAGAUGCGCGAGUCACAGCUGGUGGCAACGUCGACGACACUCCGCAAGCUGCACGAUGAGCUCGAUAAGAUGCACCACCGUGAAAUUGUAGCAGUAGAACGCGCACAAUGCCUUACCGAGCAACUGGAAGACCUUCGGCGUGAAAUAGCAGAGCUGACGCAGUUGCGCAAAGACACGAGUGGGAAUCAAAGUGCUGAUAUGCAGGCGUUGCAAAUAGCUCUCGAGGAGAAGGAGGAAAUGCUGAGUGCGUUACUAGGUGAGGGUCAGGCUUUGUCGGUCAAGCAGGCGCAGCUGGAGCAGAGGCUGCGUGCGUUGCGUAAAGAAAAGGAUGAGUUGGAGGAGCGAGCACACAAGGCAGAGUCAAUAGUUCAAGUGUCAGGUGAGGAGAUAAAAAGAAUCUUGUCGAAGCUGAAGGCGAGCGAAGAGGAGAAGAUGCGCCUUGUGCAGGAAAACCGUCAGCUUGCGGGCAACGCAGAUUCUAUGAGUGCUCGAGUCGAAACAGCUGAGCAAAAGGCGCUAGAGGCUGCACAGCAGCUAGAAAAGUUACAGGAUCGAAUGGAAGAGCUGACUUUUGCUUCAGCUGGUAAAGAUGAAGAAAUUGAGAGACUGAAGCUGGAAGCCCAGUCCAAUGAGGUCCUUAGUCAUCAAAACGCGGAGCUUCAAGAGAUGCUGCAUUUUCUUCAAGACAAUGUCCGUGACUUGGAGAAAGAGAGAUCCCGCCACGAGGAGAUGGCGCGGGCAGAGAUUGCAGACCUAAAGCGUAAGUGGCGGAAUGCUGUGGCUCGAGUGGACAUGCUGGGGCAGAGCGUAUCUGAAGCCACCCAGCCGCUUUUUCGGCAAAUUCAUGCAUUGCAAGAGGAGCAACGUGCAAGGCAUGAUACUUGGAAAGCGACAGAAAACACUCUUGUAUCACGCAUCGAGGAGGCAACAGAACAACGACGUGUUGUGGAACAGGAGAAAGCCGACAUGAAGCAGCAAUUGCAGGAACUUCAACACAAGGUAGAGGAAGUUGAGUUGCAAAUUGCAAGGAUACAGGUCAAGCUCGCACGCUCACAAGAUGCGGCGGAUAGUGCUAAGGCUGAAGUACGCGAGUGGCGCGGACGAGCUGGUGCACUACAAAUUGACUUUGACCAGGUGAAGCGCCAACGCGAUGCACACGCAGAAGCAAAAGAACAGCUUCAGGCUCGAUUGAAUAAUGCGGAGCAGUCAUUAAGACAGUUGCAGGCUUCAUCGUCAGCGACAGCUGAACUAGAACAAUCUCGUGAGCUUGAAGCACAACUUCGCCAAGACCUAGAGUGGCACCAACAAGAGCUUCAGCGACUUAAAAGCUUGACGGGGCAACUUGUGCCACCACCAUUAUCUACAGACUCCGCGUCUUCGCAGCAUCAUUAUGCGAGGCGCAUGUGUGGUGAUGAGCAAUUGCAUGGAUUUGAAAUUGCCAAUGGUGAGCUAUCUUCGGAGGCAUCGAUACUUUUACCAAUGGAAACAGCAAUUAUGACCGAUCCACUCGUCUCGAGUGGUAAUACGUCUGUGUUGGAGCUCAGCCAGCUGCAGCAGCGAUUACGUUUGCGCGAGGGCGAGAACCGAAUGCUGAAACAACAACUAGAAACAUUGGAGGCCCGACAGAAACAGACGACUGACGAAAUCGUUCGACUGAGCACGCGCAACACGUUAUUAGAGAGCGGUGAGACCCAACGCAAGGAGACACAGCUAGAAUUGGCGAAACUGCAAAAGCACCAAGUGGUGCUGCUUGAAUUGUUUGGUGAGAAAGAAGAACAAGUUGAGGAGUUGCAAGCUGAGGUGAAAGAGCUUAAGGCAUUUUACCGAAAGCAGCUGGAUACACUGGCGACCCACAAUGAGGAACAGCAAAGGCAGCGAGCAGAACAGCAGCAGUAG